ACGGUAGUUGAAGGACAGGAAACAGGAACUUUUUCUUCCUCCUCCUCUACUUCUUAAAGGGCAGUUUCAGAACUCUUUCUCAUCCUUGCCCUACUCCUCUUUCUCAAAAGAUCUUCAAGGCCAACAAUGCAUUUCCAAAUUGCCAGCAUCUUCCAGGGUUGGCUGCACAGGACUACAUCUGGACUGCUAAUUCUCUGUCUGCUAUCCUCUGGCUUAGAUGACUCACUCAAUCUAUAUGAUGGAGCAGUGCGGCUGGCUCAGGGAAACUCUCUCACUGAGGGCCGUGUGGAGAUCUACUAUGAUGGCCAGUGGGGGACAGUAUGUGACGAUGACUGGGAUAUUAUGGAUGCACAUGUGGUCUGCCGUUCCCUGGGCUUCAUGAAUGCAGUAGAAGCAAAGCAAGGGGCAGCAUAUGGGGAAGGACUGGGUCCCAUUCUUCUAGAUGAUGUCGCUUGUGAUGGGACAGAGAAGUCUCUUGUACAAUGUAGAUCUAAAGGCUGGUUGUCCCACAACUGCGGACAUGGGGAGGAUGCAGGAGUGGUGUGUGACAAGAACACUGAGUUUAAUCCUGGAGUGUUUUUCCUGGAUCAUUCUGGAGGCUUUCCUGAGGACCUUGGUAAACUGUAUGACAGCCAGCAGGACUGUGACCUCAACAUCACUGUGCUGAUAGCAGAUAACAACACUGAAGCCCUGAGUUUGUGUGCACAUAGACUGAUUCUUCAUACACACAGUGAGGCCAGCCUUCUUCUCCAGGGAAGCACACUGAAAGUGGAUGAAGCAUGCCUGCCCAAUGUGAACAGCUUUCUCAGGUACUUCUACUCACGGCAGAUCAGAGUGACAGUGCAUUCAGUAAAGUGCUUGCACAAGCUGGCCAUGGCCUAUGGAGUUUCAAGCCUGCAAGCGUACUGCAUUCAGGUCUUCCCCAACUUCUUUCCAUUGGACCCCACUUUUCAUGUUCAGCUGAAGCUGUACAACUACAGCCUGGCCAGUGGAGAUGCCCAGCUGCAGGAUCUCACCAUGCAGUACCUAGCCUGGAACUGUGAGGCCUUGACUCGCACUGAGGCCUGGUUGGCCCUGACGCCAGAGAUGAUGGAGGCCCUGCUGUCCCGUACAGAUGUUGUGAUUCAGAAUGAAUGGUCCCUGCUGAAAGCUCUGGACCAAUGGGCUCAAACCAAUGAAAUAAAGGAAGGCCACGUGGAAAAGAUCCGCUUUCCUAUGCUUUUGCCAGAGCAGCUGCUAGAGCUCCAGUUCAACCUGACCUUUUAUGAGACUUAUAAGAAUAUCUUCCAGGUGAAGAUUAUGGAGGCGCUUGAAUUUCACACAGUACCACUCAGAUUUCUAGAGCAGUACAAGCUCCAUGACCUCACAAGUGAUUCACACAUCCCUCGCUUUUACACUGAGUCCACUUGGAGCAUGCACCUACCGGUAAGCUAUGACUUCUUGUCACAGCAGUAUAUUCCUGGAUCCCAAGUCACCCAGCUACCUGAAACAAUCAAGCACCCUAGCUUUCUUUUCAAGAUGCAGAAUAUAACCUGGGCCUUCAACUAUCACAGCCCUGCACAAAGCCACCAAAAUGAUACCGGUAGAUGCUCUUCCUCAGACAUUACCCCUGUUAGCUAUCUUGCAUUGGAAGGUUCUACGGAUGACACCAUCCAUUACAAUAACAAAGCACUCUUGCUCUGCCAAAGUUCCUAUAUCACAGGUAUUGUCAGUUUUAAAAAUGGUACAGCCGUGGUCCCCAGUGCCACCUUCUUCCCAUGCCUAACUGGCUACUCAGGUUUUAUUGCUGUGGUGCGUCCUAGUUACAAGCUGAACACAUAAAAGGCUAGGAUUCUCUGUUGCAGGCAGAAUAUAUAACAAGUCAAAAUCUGCCCUUGAGGCACAUCUCAUAGUACCGCAGCUUCUAUUGUUGUCCUAGCUGCUUCUCUAACUGUAGAUUCAGCAUUGUGUCUUGCUACUCCAAGCCAGAAUCUAUAUCAUGGUGAGCUAAUUCUAAGUGAAUAGGUAAUUUUAUUCACCCUCGAGUUUGAUAGAUGUAUCUACAAUUAAUCCUAAUUGAUUGAAAUCCCCAUGCUGUUGGAUGUGCAUUCCCUGUCCCUUUAUAUCCCCCUAGCUUGAGAUUCUCUCUUAAUAAAAUUUGAAAAACAAGUUGCCAGCUUUCAAUAUUAUUAACACUGAUUUAUUAAUUGCCUUCUAAACCACCGUCUCAAUAAGAUUUACAUAUGAAAUAAUAAAAAACAGUUUAAAAUAUAAAAAUGAACACAUUUAAAACAAGACUAAAACUCUACCAAGUGGACACCCAUUUAUCCAGCUGGAAAAGCCUGUUGGAACAAAAAUGUCUUCAGUUGUUUCCAGAAAUUGCAGAUUCUGAACACGAAUGAUAUUCCACAAAAAAGGGGUAGCAACAAACACUAAAAGCUACACAUUUUUGGUGAUCCAAAAAGCCACCACUAUCAUGCCAUUCUUCUAAGGAUCUCAGACAAAAAUGUAUUUGAGCAUUCCCAGAAUGACUUUACCAUAGAGUCAGCUGCUAUUCUGAAAAACUGACCUAACAGCAGUGCCUCUGAACAUGGGCAAAGUAUGUUCGCCUUGUGAAGGGCACUAGUUUCUUUCUUUUUGUAACCUCGUAGAAUUAAAGAAUCCCUGUCUUCACCCAGUAUCUGUGAUAAACUUAUGUAGCUGGGAGGGCAAAGCUAGUAGUCUUGUACAGUACUUCAACCCUGUCCAGGAGUGCCAUCUUGGCCCCACAACUGUGGGUUCCUGAGG